AUGCCUCUGCUGGAGAUCUUUCUUUGGGCCAUUCUAGUAACCGUAUCCAUUGUGGGCCUUUUAGGAAAUGGAUUUAUUACAGCUGUGAAUGGGCACCGAUGGCUCCGAAAGAGGAAGAUGUUGCCUUGUGAUCUCCUUCUGACUAGUCUGGGCAUCUCCCGAUUUCUGUUACAGGUGAUUUCUUUAGUAGGUUGUGUUUUGUAUUACAUCUCUUCAGAGAUCUCUCUCGGUCCUUAUGCAGGGGUGGUUAUCCACUUUUCCUGGAUCUUUCUCAACAUGACCAGCCUCUGGUGUGCCACAUGGCUCAGUGUUUUCUAUUGCCUGAAGGUCACCAGCUUUGCCAAUCCUCUUUUCAUCUGGCUGAAGCUAAGGGUGAAUACUCUCAUGCCCAGGCUGCUUGGAAUGUCAAUUACUCUUUUCACCAUCUUAUUGCUGCCUCCAUUUGUUGAUUACUCUAGAAAGCUGUGCAACUACACAGGAACUCUGCCAGCAAAUGCCAACCACAGUGAAAUUUGCAAAACAUUAUUUGCUUCAUUCGAUAUUCUGCAAUUAAUUAUCACUUCCAUAAACUUCAGCAUAAAUGUAAGUGCAUCCAUUCUUUUGCUUUUAUCCCUGUGGAAACACGUGAGAAAACUAAAAAAAAGUAGUGCUGGUGUUAAGGACCUCAGUACUCAGGUCCAUAUCAAUGUCAUGAAGCCUUUGCUGUUCUCUCUCUCCCUCUACGUGUUUCAUUUCCGUGGUAUGAUACUUUACAGAAUGGGCAUUUUUGAUUUAGACAAAAAUGAAUCACUGUUUCCUGAGCUGUUGUUGAGUUUUUUCCCUUCAGCUCACUCCAUUAUAUUAAUAGUGACCAAUCCAAAACUGAAAGUUUCUGUCUGCACGUUAAGGAAGAAAAGGACAUCUUAG